UCCGGAGUGCAGUCUCUAGUGUCGGUUGGAGUUUCGGUGAAAGAAGGUGAAGGAGCUGCGGGCCCAGCACAUUGCCAGGAGUGGCUUACAGUCAUCAUGGGGGAAAUAGAAGGAACAUACCGUGUCUUGCAGACCCCUGGUGCUCGCCUUGGUACUACAAAAAACACUGGAAUCAGCACUCUUGAACCCGGGCAGAACCUCAACACUGCUUUGACCUCAUAUCAACCCAAGACGUCACAAAAUGACUUGCAGUAUCAUGUGCUUCUUCUUGACGGAUCCAUGUUCCCCGUGGAGAUAGGUCCAAAGACCACGGGACAGACAUUGCUGAGCCAAGUGUUCACUCAUCUAAAUGUGGUGGAGACAGACUACUUUGGGAUUGAGUUCCAGACCGCACAGUCACAAUGGGUGUGGUCGGAGCCUCUGAAAUUCGUUUCCAAGCUGUUGCGCAAACCAAAGAAUGCCAAGAUGCGUCUGGCGGUGAAAUUCUUUCCUCCUGACCCUGGUCAACUGCAAGAAGAAUACACAAGGUAUCUGUUUGCUUUGCAAAUCAAAAGAGACUUGGGAGAUGAACAGCUGGUCUGCAGUGACAAUACGACUGCGCUGCUAAUUUCUUUUCUAAUGCAAUCGGAAGUUGGAGAUUAUGAUCCAAAAGUAGAUCAGGAGCAUCUGAAAAGUACUCGUUAUGUGCAGCGCCAGCAGAGCUUGGAAGAGCGGAUCCUGCAAUGUCAUCAGCAGCACCUUGGGAUGUCUCCCGCUGAUGCGGAUUUUCAGAUCCUAGAGAUUUCACGAAGACUGGAUCUGUAUGGAACACGUUUUCAUCUGGCUUCAGACCGAGAAGGUGCCAAAAUUAACCUGUCCGUGUCGCAUAUGGGAGUGCUAGUAUUUCAGGGCAACACAAAAAUUAACACUUUUAACUGGUCAAAGAUUCGGAAGUUAAGUUUCAAGAGGAGGCGUUUCCUUAUAAAGUUGCACCCAGAGGUUCGUGGCCCAUAUCAGGAUUCACUGGAAUUCCUACUACCUAGCCGGGAUACGUGUAAGAGAUUCUGGAAAAUCUGUGUAGAGUAUCACAGCUUUUUUCGUCUUCAGGAUCAGCCCAAGCCAAAAUCUAGACCGGUUCUAUUAAGCAGAGGCUCAUCUUUCCGAUACAGUGGACGCACACAGAAGCAGCUAAUAGACUAUGUGCGAGACACCAGCAUAAAAAGACCCCCGUCUGAGAGGAGACACAGCAAAGCCAGAGUGUCCCCUUGCACUGUGAUCCCUGAUUCUCCAAAGCAGAACUUUUUUUUCACUGAGAGUGUGAGCGUUCCAUCACCUUCUCCACCUACCCUGAUGCCACAGUCCAUCCCAGUCAUGUCUUCUUUCCAAAAAAGCCAGCCUAAAAACAAUGACAUCUCAGCUUCUCGGCCACAAGAGGAACCAGUCCGAGCAGUUCCAGAAGCUGUGGGACAGACAUCACAGUCUACUAUCCAAGGUCUUUCAACACCUCCCAAUCCUUCUUUGCUUAGUAGACCAGAUCAAGGAUGUAUCUAUGAUUUAGAAAAUUCUCAGCAGGUAGAGAAUGUCAGGUUGUGGGUGUCAGAAGCUUCUGACUCUCUCCUUUUGACUGAAGAGUUUAUAGAUGAUGAUCCAGCUGACAUAUCGUUUGGUGGUGGGGCAGAGUUAUACAAUUACAGUGGAAGAGGUGUGUCACCUGUCCAUGAAGAGCUUCCAUUAGAUGACUUCUACAUGGAGGAAAUAGAUGCAAGGGACUUCAAUGGCAAUCCAAGGCCUACAGAUGCAACAGAGCUGUUUGAAGUGAAGGCACAAGCUAGCCUCAUGCAGAGCCUCCUGAGCCCCUCAGAAAAUAGCUCCCUUCUCCAACAUCGCUCUGAGAGCAGCUCCCUACUUCACCAUCGUUCAGAGAGCAGCUCCCUCUCCAACCUGAACGGGAUGCUUCCUUAUUCUCGCUCUGCCAAUCAUUCCACUGCUAGCUCUAUGAUAAACUUCCCAGCCUGCUCUGUACGUUCCGAAUCAAGCUCUGCCUUCCAAUUUGGAGACAUCUUGGACCAACUGGAGCAGCUGAGUUAUCCUCCUACAACAACAGAGGACUCUAGCAGCUCGGAAGGAGACUCGUGGGACUCUGAGGAGGAAACGCCUCUUGAUAUAAAUUUAUUUUUCAGCAACCCUCUAACAAAUUAUCACGCUAAUUUAAAUAAUUUGGGUGUGCAGGAUAAGAGGGAUAUUCCAGAUAUUUGCUGUCACCUGUCUCCUGUAUCUCCGAAGUUUCCUUUUUCUUAUACUCAAAAUGGUAGAUCUCCCUUGUUGAGUCCAGCGCUAAGUGAUUCUGGUAGUCACAGAGUUGACGUUGUAGAAGACUCGACCGUGAGUAAGAUGGAUGAAGCAUAUUACAUAAUCAAGGAAAUACUGAGUACAGAGACUUCUCAUCUGAAAGAUAUUGAAGUCAUAACUGUGUGGCUGCAUGGGACUCUUUAUAAAGGACAAGUUUUCCAGGGGUCAUCAGAAAAACUAUUAAAACCUCUGUUUAUUAACUUGGAGCCUGUGCAUCAGUUUCAUCAAAACUUUGUCCAACAACUUGAGGAUAUUCUCACUUUCUGGGAAGGUCGAUCUGCACACGCUAAGGACACACAGAUAAUUGGAGACUUCAUGUUAAGAAAUAUGACCUCUCUAAGGGCUGUUUUACCUUCCCUGCAGAGACUAGAAGAUUGGUUUCAGGAACUCCAACAACAUUCUCCAGAGCAGCAGGAUAUCAAUGUUUUGUUGCAGGAAUUUGAACAGCAGAGGGUGUGUUACCUGCCUCUGAGCUGUCUCCUGCUGAAACCUCUGCAGCGCCCCCUACAGUAUGAAAAGCUGCUGGAGCGGCUCUGCCGGCAUUACCCGCACUCCCACUGUGACUACAACAACUGCCAGAGGGCACUCGGAGAGGCAAGUGCAGCGAGUUCCCAGCUCCGCCACCGCCUGCUGCAUCUACACAACCUGCAGAGACUUUGUCAACUGCAGAAAGAUCUCCUCGGGGGAGAGCACCUCUCAAUGCCUGGCCGAGAGUUUAUUCGUGAGGGCUGUCUCUUCAAACUGACCAAAAGUGGCCUUCAACAGCGCAUGUUCUAUCUGUUUUCAGAUAUGCUGUUGUACACACGGAAAGGGUUGAGCUGUACCAAUCAGUUCCGCGUCCACGGACGUCUCCCUUUGCAUGGGAUGCUGCUGAUGGUUUUGGAUCCACCUGCUGAGGACAGCCAAACGUCUGUCCCCCACUGCUUCACCAUCUACUCUGCACAGACCACAAUCGGUGUAGCAGCCAGUUCUCAACUCGAUAUGAGACGCUGGUUGGAUGAUCUGAUUGCGGCCAUAAGCAGGGCACCAAGAUAUAGUGAGCUCCCUGCCCUGCCGCUUCAGCAACCUGCGCAAACAUCCACUGUUCAGAAUCAUCGCCCUAACACGUUGAGCCACGUCUGUUGGUAUAGGAACCAGAGUGUCUCCCUUAGCGAUCACACUACCAUGAUGGAGAAUCAAUUAUCGGGAUACCUGCUUCGCAAGUUUAAGAACAGCAAUGGUUGGCAGCGGUUGUGGGUGGUCUUUACCAACUUCUGCCUUUUCUUCUACAAAACACACCAGGAGGACGCUCCCCUGGCCUCCCUGCCUCUCCUUGGGUACGCUGUUAGCAUCCCAUCAUAUACUGAUCCGGUCAGCUGUCAGCAUGUCUUCAAACUGCACUUCAAAUCACACGUGUAUUUCUUCCGGGCAGACAGCGAGUACACGUGGAGAAGGUGGAUGGAAGUAAUCAGGCGUUGUGUAAGUUCUCCAGGGAAAAUCGGUCACUUUGCAGAAGAUGGAAUUACUGAAUGACUUGGUGCAUUUAACUGCAAAUGUAUUACAAACCACAGAUUAAGUGCAGAACCUCAAUCAAGACCAUUCUGCUCUAACUACACACACAGGAUCAUCUUUGUACAGUGUCUGUCUGAAACAUUGUAUGUAACACAUGUUGGACCCAGCAAUUGGUAUGUGAACUUGUGUCUGAAGCAGCUGGUCUUCUAGUACCCUGCACCGAAUAUUUGAACUUGUGUCUGAAGCAGCUGUCCUGGUACCCUGCACCGAAUAUUUGAACUUGUGUCUGAAGCAGCUGUCCUGGUACCCUGCACCGAAUAUUUGAUUUUUUUUCUGAAGCAGCUGGUCUUAUAUCACAACUCUGUAAACAAGGACGCUAAAUGCUACCCGUGAGCAACAUAUCUACAGCUUUCACCAUUUCAUUUACCAAUA